GCAUAGGUACAGAUUCCAGCACAUCCCUCAGCAGAUCAAGAGGGCUUGCACACAAAAACAGGGAUGUAAUGUUGAGGCUCUAUAAGGCGCUGGUCAGGCUGCAUUUGGAAUAUUGUGAGCAAUUUUGGGCACCAUAACUGAGGAAGGAUGUGCCGGCUCUGGAGAGGGUCCGGAGGAGGUUUACAGGAAUGAUCCCAGGAAUGAGUAGAAACGUCACCCACUCCUUCUCUCCAGAGAUAUUGCCCAUCCAGCACUUUGUAUCUGCCUUCUCUACCUAUGGUAUGUCUGUGUCUGACCCCUUUCUUUCAAUACAGAGCUUUUAUUCAAUUCAACACAGAUACAGAGUAGUGACAUGUUCAUAGACAGCCAACUCUGAUGUGACCAUCGACUGCCCGCCAAUGCAACACUCUCCACCCCAGGUCCCCGAUGUAAAGGGGGAGGACUCCCCUAUAGAGAGACUUCCACUGGGGACCAACUGUGUCUGAUCCUGGGAGUGUGUGUGACGGGACAGGGUAGAGGGAGCUUCACUGUGUCUAACCGGGCCAAUGGACAAAUUCUGACUUGACACUUAGUGUUUCAGGUCUUGGUUUGAAGUGUGUGUGUGUGUAAGGAUGGACUUUACUGUAACUUGUGUUGAAAACUCUUCCACACAGAGAUCUGAAGUGUGAAAACAUUCUGCUGGACGACAAGGGACACAUUAAGCUGACAGACUUUGGGCUGGCCAGCAGAAGCAACAAGGACAGUCUGAUGAGCACCUUCUGCGGCUCCAUGCCCUACACCGCCCCCGAGAUCCUGCAGGGGCACAGGUACCGAGGGGACCACGCUGACGUCUGGAGCAUGGGCAUCAUUCUCUACGCCAUGGUGGCCGGCAAACUCCCCUUCAACGAGUUGCAGCCAUGCAAACUGCUGGAGGCUAUCAAAGGUGGCAUGUUCUUCCAUGACCGCCUCUCACUGGCCUGCCAGGAUCUCAUCAAUAAGAUGCUCCAGUGGAAGCCCUCGUCCCGCCUGGUCCUCAGUGACAUCCUGGCCCACCCCUGGAUGUUCCCAGCCACCACCAUCCGCUUCCAGAAGGUCAGGCUCCUCUCGGCUCGGUCUCCGCCGAAGAAACCGGAGAAAGAGGCGGCGGACAAAGGGCAGAGCCCGCCCACGGCUGGCGGCUCAAAGGGCAAGAAGGUCCUCAUCGUCUGUGGAUCCGCCGUGGCUGGCCUGAAGGAGAGGUCGCAGGGGAAGGGCUCCCCUCAGCGGCCCGCUGCUGCUGCCCGCCAGACCCAGCUCUUCACCCGCCUGCCCAAGCCCCCGCCCCCCCCCAAGCCCGCCCGCCCCAGCGCCCGCAAGAGGCCAGUCUCCGCCUGUGAGCCCGGCAGCGGUGGCGGUGGCGGUGGGGGUCUGGGCCGGAAGACCCCGGGGGGCACCCAAGGGUGGUCCCGCUGCCUGCAGCUCUCCCACACCGCCCACCGCCUAGCCCCCAUGCCCGACUACCUGCCCCCUCGGAUGAAGGGCUGCUAGGGCAUCGACCCCCCCCCCCUCUCACAC